AUGGGUAGUGUACCUACAAAGAUUGGAAAUGGCGAAGAAGAAGCGCAACCGCAGCAAGCGAUGGCUCGCAGUUUCACCGAGAACAAGGACAUCUACAAGAUGGUGGACAUGCACGGAGGAGGAACUCUUAUCAAAUUGGCCAGGUAAUCCUUCAGAUGGGUCGUCUUGAAGUCUGAAGUUUUUAGAAAGUGCAAAGAACUGAACUCGAACGAGAUACUCGACGCGUACAUGGAUCAGGAAGUCCGCAAGUAUCUAUACAACGGCGGAAAAGGAAAGUUGAUGCCGAUUGCGGAACUUGUCAAAAUUCGAAAUAAGGUUGGAAUGUAUGAUGAGAUCGUUACACGUUGAGACUUCAGGAGAGAAAUGCAAAGUUGGGAGCGUUUUCGAGAAAGAAGGGUAAGGGGAAGAGCGGUCCGAACAUUCUGGAUGAGUUCGAUCAGGGACAAGCCGAGAUGGGAGAUCUCAAGAAAGGUGAGCGGGGUUUAGAUGAGAACACAAUAGAGAAUGCAUUUUUUAGCGUUGAAACUGCUGGACGGAGGAGGAAAAGGCGGCAAGUCAGAGUCAAAGUACAGGGAAAUGGUGUGGAGUCUCGAGGACAGGGGCUCGAUGGGCGAGAAUCUUCUGUGCAUUUGCCUACUUCAAGGCGGCUCUCUUCACAACUUUAUCGCCAAAAAGCUCAUUGAAUUCUUUCCCAAACUGAUCAACGACAUCUGCACUUCCGAAGAAUACUACGGUUUGUCGCCACUGCACCUGGUCAUCGUCAACCAGGAUCCUCAAUUCACAUCCCUUCUGCUUCGUCUUGGCGCUGACUUGAAUCAGCGAUGCUAUGGCGCGUUUUUCUGCGCCGACGAUCAGAAGGCGAGCAGGACCGACAGUUUGGAGCACGAGUUUGUCGAGCUCACCAAGAACACAAACUAUACGGGGUAGUCAAAUCAUAGUCAUCAAUCCAAUGGAUCACAUCGCGUUCAGGUCGAUGUACUUUGGCGAGUACCCUCUGUCUUUUGCGGUUUGUACUGGACAUCUCGACUUGUUCCGAAUGUUGCUCGCUAAGAAAGCGAAUUUGAACGCACAAGACACAAACGGCAAUACGGUGCUUCAUUUGUGUGUGAUCCACGACAAAAUGGAAAUGCUCGACGCGGUGCUAGAGGCCGGAGGAAGUCUGCGCCUCGCAAAUAAGCAAAACUUGACGGCGUUGACACUGGCCGCCAGACUGGCCAAGAAAACGGUUAUAAAGAUGAUGGGCUUAGGCGUUGAUUUCAACUUUUUCUGUUCCAGAUGUUCAACAAAAUACUGCAACUAGAGUGCGAGAAGGUGUGGACGUACGGCGCUUCGCAGUGCAUCGCCUAUCCACUGACCAAGAUUGACACAAUCGACGAGAUGACGGGCGAAAUGAACGACACGAGCGCGUUGUCGCUCGUCGUUUACGGCGAAUCCAUUCAACAUUUGGAGCUCAUGGACGGGCUCAUCGAGCAGAUUCUCGACGAGAAAUGGAAGGCUUACGGUAAACUGCUGUGGCUCCGCUCACUUUUCGGCUUCAUCUUCUUCUAUUGCUGCUUCGUGGCCGCUUAUAUGCUCCGUCCGUCUUCCGCUACUACAGAGGUAUGACUUGAGACGGUGUGGUCAAACCAGGUACCGCUUAGCAUAUCACUCGUGGUCGUAUCAACGAUGACGGAGAGACAGAGUCGACGAAUUCGACAAACUAUUUGCAAUGGCAUCCCAUCGACACUCAGUGCCAUCUGAUGUACUAUUCCGAGUGGCCGUGGUACAACGGAUGGUUCCGACUGGCGUGCGAGAUCGCCACGGUGGUGGUGAUGCUCUUUCAGAUCAUGUUCGACCUCGGUGACAUUCGCCGUAUCGGCUUCCAGAGAUGGUUCAACUUUUUGGUAGGCCCACUCAUGCUGAGCACACAACUCUUUAAUGUUUCCUUUCUUCAGAAAGCGUUCCCCGCCAAGCUAAUGUUCAAGGCCUCGUUCCUCUUCAUCCUAAUCUCUAUUCCGUGUCGUCUGGCCUGCUCCUUCCACGACAUCUUCCUCACCAUCGACAAUACUAUGGCUAUAAUCAGUGUCCUUCUGGUCACCCAGCACUUUUUGUACUACAUGAGGCAAGCGAUGGGGUUGUGAUUGAUUGAAUUCUACGAGACGAGUCUCUUCAGAGCCAUCCCAUUCGUCGGACCGUUUGUGUUGAUGGUUUACACUAUAAUCGCCACUGAUCUCGUGAGAUUCGCAAUGAUUUACUCGAUCUUCCUCGUCGGAUUUUCGCAAUGUAGGGGGAAGAAAGUACAAUUUCAGCUUGGAUUCUAUAAUUCAAUUUAGCUUUCUAUUUAAUCUUCACUUCUUGCGAACGCGACGCCAACAUCAUCAGACAGACUGAUCCCCUCGGCUCGGAGUUCACUAAUAUAAUGCAGAACCCAAUUGACGCGCUCCUCCGCACAUUCAUCAUGACGAUCGGAGAGUUCUCGGUGCUUUACAGAGAAAUGGCGGCUUGCGACAACUUCUGGAUGAAGUGGAUCGGGAAGGUGAUCUUCCUGAUCUUCGAGACGUUCGUCUCCAUUCUCCAGUUCAAUUUGCUGAUCGCCAUGAUGACCCGUACCUAUGAAACUAUCUUCUUGACGCGCAAGGAAUGGAAGAGACAGUGGGCGCAAGUGAUUCUGAUGCUCGAGAUGGGAUUGUCGCCGGAAAGCCGGAAGAUGCACUUGUUGAGAUACACUAGACCGACGGGCAUCAACAAGAGAAUCCGGAGUUAUGUGGUGGUGUCGAAGGGCGAAGGCGAGAAGAUGACGGAGAAGGACGAGUUGGAUGCGCGGGCCGCCAAGGAGGAGUACAAGAGAGAGGAGCGGAAGAAGUAUCUGCUGAAGAAACAGAGGGUAAGCGGCAAACUUUAAGGGGAUUCAUUGAAGUUUUCAGGAGCACGAACUCAAGGCGAAGGCGUUGGCUCUUAUGAAUUCAAAGCUUGGAAAGAUGGUCCAAAAGAAACGCAUCCUCCGCCAGCAGACCGUCGAUGCUAACUCAAAGUUCUAA